GCUUUUCAUCCGGGCACCUGGAAUGGCGGCCCACAUGGAUGGCAUGGAGUACGAUUUUAGGAGAAGAGUGCUUGAAAAUAUAUAUGUACCUAUGCCUUAGUCAUAGUGUGGUUUGAUGCAAAACACGGAGAUGUGCUGCUGAAGAAAUGUGUAUAGACAUACAUAUAGAAAAGUGCAUGGUGUGAAAGUAAAUAGACAAGUGGUGGACAGACAGACAGACAAGCAGCAAGAUGAAUACCAUCCUGGGAAGAGGCCUGACUUGUAUCACACAGUGUCACUGCCUCAGAGCAUCGUUAAGGCGAGGUUUUAUCUACACGAUACAGGUACGCCAACCCACAGAAUGCUCGUCCCGCCUUAUAGCAGGCAUCCAAAGCAUUUCAGUCCGAGGGAAAAAAUUAUUCACAAAGCAGCCUGUCCAGUUUAUAGCUAAGCAUAAACAGGACAAAAUCCCGGAAGCAUUUGACUUGGUGUAUGUGAACAACAUGAACAGGUAUUACUUCACGUCUCAGGUGAUCAUAUAUGGUCUAUUGUUACCGACCCUGUGCUUCUGUAUUUACCUGUUGUGGGCAGAUCACAAAUCCCUGGUUCCAAGGCUAGAGGCAGAGGGUCUGGACCAUCCUUACUUUGUUAUCGUCCCUACCACUGUUUUCAGUGUCGGGCUGUUGAUCUUCACAAAUGCAGUCUGCAGGAGAGCGGUCAUCCGCAUGUAUCGCAACGCUGAUCAGAAGACGUAUAUAGCAGUGACCCAGAGGUGGAAUAUGAUACAAGAACUUUUAGAGUUCAGCCCUAAGGACUGCGUCCCUCAGGACAGAGAAUCUCUGUCUGUCAGACACAUGCUGGGGGGCAACAUACAGAUCAAAGGUCGAACUUUUCUCUUGCGAGACGGUGAUUUCAGACAGCCGAUGUAUUACAAUGAACUCAUGGGAUGGGACAGAGCUGAAGAAGAUCGCCGUGCAGUAAUGGAUGAUGACUUCAGCAAACUCAUACGGAAAAAGUAGCCAAGGUGAAUUUGUUUAAACGAAAAAUACCUAUACGGAGCUGUGAGAUUUUGGAUAAGUUGCUUUUGUAGUACAUGUAUGUAUAGACAAGAAGUUUUAUUCAAGGAAUGGUUGUGCUUGAUUUCAGAUUAAAAUUAAUCUGCGUGUGUGUGAAAAUUAUGAAGAUCACUGCAGGUAUACCUUAGAAUGUA